UUAUGUGUGAUUAUGGCCAUCACUGGAAAAUCAGCCACAGAGAACAGAACUAAGUUUUAGACACAGUUUCUAUGUCCUCACUUUCUCUCUUUGUCUCUUCAGCACCAGACAGAGGAGUUCAGACUAUAUUGCCAAUUGAAGUAAAUGUGACACAGAAGUCAUAUUGGGCUGAGAAGAACGACAACCUCACACUGGACUUCACCUUCACCCCCAAACUAGAGUGCUCACACAACUUGUGGCUUGUUUCUUGUGAUUGGUUGAAAAAUGAUACAAUAAGCUGCUAUAAACUUUUAUACGAGUAUAUUGAACUUGAUGGUGAGACAGUCUCAGAGUUUCAGGAUGAAAAGUUUUCAGGACGAGUUGUGUUUGACAAAGACGUCCUCAGAAAAGGACGGAUCAGACUCCAUGUGUCCAGACUCAAGGUGGAGGACUCUGGAGUUUAUGUGUGUAAACUAAACAUUGGCCAUUGCAAGGGAUCAGACACAUCUAAACUCAAUGUGACCGACUCUCAUCCAUUUGAACUCCCAGCAACUGUCAGCCCUUCAUCAGAGGAUCGGGGAAGGACAGGAUUACCUUUUGUGGCAGCAGCAGCAGCAGCAGCAGUGACUAUUCUGAUUAUUUGUUACAUUAUUUACAGAAAGAAAACUAACUCUGAAAGACAACCUCUACGUUCUAGACAAGCUGAGUCUUCUUGUUUUGUGCUGUCUUAAGUUCCUUCUAAUGUUUUAUUGUGGGUUAAAUAUGUAUUAAUUAAAUGCAUUAAUUUGGCAACCAGGUUCAAUUUAUAAUCAUGUUUAAUGUGGUUGGAAAUAAUAUAGCUUAAAAAGAGUAAAGGUACAAUGAUUUAUAUUUCAAAAAACUUUAAAAGCACUUUAUAGUAUAUUAAAAUAUACUGUUUUUUGUCCUAAAAAAGAAAACUAAUUACCUCAUAAGAGUUUGACACAUGAACCAGUUUUCCAAGGUUGUUUAGAAACUCAAGUGACUUCCUGGUUUGUGGUUAAAUCAGCUGAACUGAGAAGAACAAUGAAGUCAUUUAGAAGAAUGAAAGUAAAACUGCCAAAAACCAGUAAAGACAUUUUUGUUUAUUUUAGAUUUUUUAAAAUCAGAGAAAUGUAUGUUUUAAAUGCACUAAA